AUGGAACAAAAGUGUCACAAGCUUGCAGGCAAUCGUAGUGAAUUCCCAAAAAAUGGCUCUCCUGUAAACUCAAACGGCAGGAUUCCAGCCGCCUCUUCUCUCUCAUUCCAAUCUCUCAACCAUGCAUUUCAUUUUUCACGUGAUAAUCGAAUAAUAAUGCUAAGUCACAGUGAUAACCAUUCCUUGGCGAAUUGUCACCAAAGCAAUAAGGAGAAUGAGGAUAAGUCAAACAAAGUAUCUCGGUUAGGUAAAAGUAAACUUCCGUUCCAAGCUGACAUUAAAGUACCUCUCCCAAAACCCCUUUUAACAAUAAUUUUUCCCUUCGAACUAAUAAAAUAUGAUAAAACUAAAUCAAAUUAUUAUUUAUGGGAAAAUGACCCGGAUAUGCUCAAAACGGAGCAUCUCUUUGAAGUGGAUUCGAUACUAGGAAACAUCCCUGAGACAAGACCAUUGUUGAAAUAUAAUAAUGAAAAAUCGACAUCCUACUAUACUUAUUUUGAAAUUCGCUUAAAUGGUGGAAUAAAUCUAGAUUUUAUCAGAGUAAACAAUGCAUGUGCAUCAGUAAAUAGCACUUUGAAAACACGUUUGUUCACGAAACAGGGAAAACAUUUGAAAACUGGUGCAUGCACCCAUCUAAUUCGGUGUUAG